AUGUCCUGGCUCUUCGGUGUGCAGAAAAACGCCACUCCCCAAAUCCCAGACGAUUUCCAAGCUGGAGGUCCACCAGGCCAGCCCGGCCAACCAGGCCAACCAGGCCAAAAGCAAGAGGGCAAUAGCAAAAUGGCCUACUCUUUCGAUUCGACGGCACUAGAGCGUGCCGCUAAGGCCGCCCGUGACCUGGAACGCUUCCCGAAUGCCAAGGAGGCUCUGGAGCUGUCCAGAAUGCAGGAAGUCACUCGACAGAAGGAGGUGGAGAACGAGACGAAGAAGAUUGAGGCACAAUUGGCAAAUAUGAAGAGCGAGCAUAUCCGUGUCGCUGAGGAGGAACGUCGGAAGACACUUGGAGAGGAGACGAAGCACGCUCACUCGCGCGCCGAAUACCAAGACCAACUGGCUCGUAAGCGUGCCGAGGAGGAGCUCGCGAUGAAGGCUCGUAUGCAAGAGGAAUCGCUUCGAAAACAGGAGGAAUCUGUGAAAAAGCAGGAAUUGCUGAGAAAACAGACGAUUGAGCACGAGCUGGCACUGAAGCACAAGUAUGAGCUCGAGAAGAUCGAUGCGGAGACGAGGGCGAGAGCCAAAGCCGCCCGCGACAACCGUGACGUCAAUCUGGAACAAAUGAAGCUUCACGAGGAGGAAAAUCGCAAAACGGUCAUCGAGAAGAUCAAAACGUCGGGAGAGCUGAUCGGAUCGGGUCUUAAUCAGUUUCUGAGUGAUAAGACGAAAAUCGCGGCGGCGGUUGGAGGAUUAACCGCUCUCGCGGUCGGUUGGUAUACGGCAAAGAGGGGUACUGGAAUCACUGCGAGAUAUAUUGAAUCGAGAUUGGGAAAACCCAGUUUGGUUCGAGAAACAUCGAGAAUCACACCGUUGGAGAUUGCCAAGCACCCGAUUAAGACUAUUCAGAUGCUAACCCGUCAAAAGAAGGAUCCCCUCGAAGGCGUCGUCCUGUCUCCAGCACUCGAACGUCGUCUCCGUGACAUCGCCAUCACCACAUCGAACACCAAACGAAACAAUGGAUUGUUCCGAAACGUCAUGUUCUACGGACCGCCGGGAACCGGAAAGACGCUCUUCGCGAAGAGUCUGGCUCAACACAGCGGUCUGGACUAUGCAGUUUUGACAGGAGGAGACAUUGCUCCACUGGGAAGAGACGGUGUUUCGGCCAUUCACAAAGUGUUCGAUUGGGCUGGAAAAUCGAGAAAAGGACUGAUUGUUUUCAUUGAUGAGGCCGAUGCAUUCCUUCAGAAGAGAUCCAAAGAUGGAAUGAGUGAAGACACUCGUGCCGCACUCAACGCCUUCUUGUUCAGAACUGGAGAGCAGUCGCGGAAAUUCAUGCUUGUCGUCGCGUCGAAUCAACCGGAGCAGUUUGAUUGGGCUGUUAAUGAUCGUCUCGACCAGCUCGUCGAAUUCACACUGCCAGGAUUCGAGGAGCGCGAACGCAUCCUCCUGCAAUACUUCAACGAGCACAUCGUGGUUCCAGCCACAUCGGGCUCCCGCUCACAACGUCUGAAGUUGGAUAAGUUCGAUUGGAUUUCGAAAUGCAACGAAAUCGCGAAGAAGACGUCUGGAAUGUCUGGAAGAGAGCUGAGCAAACUGGUCAUCGGAUGGCAGGCAUCUGCGUACGCAUCGGAGACUGGCCUUCUGACGGAGGAGAUUCUGGAUCGGAACACGAAAGAUGCCAUGAUUCAACACGAGCACAAAAUGGAGUGGUUGGAGAAGGAACAGUUGAAGGCGCGCAAUCAGGAGACCAAGUUUGGAACUACGCUGAAGAGAGAGACCGCUGUUUAA